UGUGUUAUUGUGAUGUUUACAAAGUGGGUACAUAACUACAAUGACUUCAGAAUUGCCAGACAAGAAUUGUAACCUUUGGUCCUGGCAUAUCGCUGCUUGUACAGAAAUAUAUAUUCGACAAGUGUUGUUAUUAAACUGCAUGCAAGCACUGCCACGGUGCUAGGAACUGUUUACUCACGAUUUCAACAGUUCAUUGCAUGUGCAUAUAGUCCUUAUUUGACUUUAUCCAAAGUUGGUUAACUAGCCCACCUGGUACUGUCAAUAUGAAAUAAACACAACAUGGCCCUGUCAUCUGUGCCAUCAGGCGUCAAUGUCGUCUGGUUGAUCCCAGUUUUUGCCAGUUUGGUUCUACAAUGUCUAGCCACGGCAGACAGGGGAUCUGACUGCUCUGCCUCCGAGGAAGACCCCAGAGUGGCGCCCAUCCCACACUGGGACGAGGCCCCGUCAUCGCUGGCCGAUUAUCCGCGGCAUGGCGAUCGCACCGUGGUGGAUCCCUGGGUCUACACAGACCGUCUCGGGCUGUACAAGAUUCUCCUGCGUGCUACCUCCGGGGAUCCGACCCUGGGGAAAGCCAACAACACGGCCAACAUCCUCUGGGGUCUACCCCUGCAGCACGGGUGGCAAUUCAGCUCCGGCCGUCUGCUUGACUUUCCCAACGGUACUCGGUGGCAUAGCGGCACCUCUACUAUGAGGAUGCAUAACUCCUGGAAUUGCAUUUCACCCUUCAGUUGGUGGGCCAGCAUGAACUACUACCUAUCCGUCUUGCCAUUCCUGGGUGCUGUGAAGGCUGGUUUGUUCUCGGAGUGGCCCUACGAGAUCGAGUUCACCUUCUCGUCGCAUCAUCCGCAGGACUACUGCACCAGCCUAGCAACCUGCAAUGCGCGGUUUCCAUCUGUGAUCAAAGACUGGGCAGAUUUCUUCAAGAUUCUGACAUACCGAUCAGCUUCUCCUGACCCUUAUUACCAAACCACCGCAAACCAGGGCGAUAGUUUCAAUCUCCCACCAUCUCCACCUCCAACGUUUAGCCCGAGAGAGCGAGACAUCAUCACCAAGCUCUGGGUUGCUCACACCAACUCUCUGGAGACAGCCCAGCCCCUGUUCAACGCCUCUUUGUUGCCGCUCAUGCCCGAGCCCGAGCAGAUCUUCGGCCUAAGCUGGGCCCAUCUCAUCGGAUACAUAGCCACCGUCGACUUCGUCACCGAUCUCAACACAACGAUCUUGUUCCAGCGGAAGUACCUACCUGGGCGUGUACUCCAACCAGGAGACAGACCGCCCAAGAUACCUGAUUUCUCCCGAGAUGUCAACUUGGCACUGUAUAUACUCGAAACUGCCCUUAAGAUUGACCAACAAACAGGUGAUGCAUUGAAGCAUGCGUGGCAAGCAGUGAUGUGCUCUCCAGAAAGUCAAGCUAGAGGGCGCUCCAUGAUUGGUAAUCUUCUGAGACCUUUUGAAGCCCUGUGGAAUUUGGUCGUUCUUCUGUGGCUGUACGUCACGGUUUGUCAUUAGUACUCUUGAAGACGAACAUUUUUUAAAUGAAAAUGAAAAUCGUUUCGAAAUGGUGAUUUGAUAAGUUUAUUUGGGCCUGAUGACUUGCCUUUAUGUGAAGACUGAUAGACAAAAAAAACAGAAGUAAUAACUAUAGAAGUAUAUUAUGUAACCUAUGGAAUCGAAAGCGACGCAAAUCCUGCAAAUAUUGUUUACACUUAAAAAUGGGUAUGUAUGAAUGAAGUUGAGCAAUAGAUGUGAAUUAUACAUUAACAUAAUUGUGCUCUGAUUGAUUGAUUAAUUAAUUAAUUAAGGUAUGGAUUACAGGUCAUCUCACGUUUUCAGCCGAAAUGCGAAAAUAUUAAUAUAAAGCGAGACGUGCAGUGCAACCACAAAAUGA